AUGCGAUCCUCUCACACACUUGGAUUGAUGGACAAGAGGUCACCUUCGAGGACGGGAAAGAGUGGCUAUAGCAAGAUAAACUUCUGUGCACAGCAAGGCAACAAGGAUGGCUUGGAACACUUCUGGGUAGAUAUCUGCUGUAUCGACAAGUCCAAUCCUACUGAACUCCAAGAAGCUAUCAAUUCCAUGUUCCGAUGGUAUCACAAUGCUGCGAAGUGCUACGUAUAUUUGCUCGAUGUCUCAAAGGCCGGUGGGAGGGAUAUGUCGCAACAAGAGUUUCGGCAGAGUCGAUGGUUCACUCGACCUCUGUCUGAAUUUGUUGAACAGCGUUUCUCCUGGAUGCAACACCGCCGGACAACAGUAGCAGAGGACAAAGCGUAUGCACUGCUUGGUAUCUUUGGCGUUGAGAUGAAUCUGCGAUAUGGGGAAGGAUAUCCAAGUGCAUCCAAACGACUUGAGGAAAAGAUUGGUCAGCUAAACAGUUGUCUUCGUGAUUUGCGUAUCACGGAUCCCCGUCACGAUAAACAGCGAAUCGAAGAGACCAAGGGUGGCCUACUUGACGGCGUAUACCGGUGGAUUCUUGAAAAUCCUGACUUUCAAAAGUGGCGUGACAACAAGGAAGAUCGCCUGCUCUGGAUCAAGGGUGACCCAGGCAAGGGAAAGACGAUGCUUCUCUGCGGCAUCAUCAAUGAGCUGGAAAGUUCCAUUAGCAGAAUCGAUUUGCUGUCAUACUUCUUUUAUCAAGCGACUGACUCCCGCAUCAACAGUGCUACGUCUGUCCUGCGUGGAUUAUUGUUUAUACUCAUCAACAGACAACCACUGCUUAUUUCCCAUAUCACGAAGAAGCACGAUCUCGCAGGGAGAGCCAUCUUUGAAGAUAGUAACGCCUGGUUCGCCUUGACUGAAGUAUUUAUGAAUAUUCUUAAAGACCCUAGACUGACGAACGCUUACUUCAUUAUCGAUGCACUCGACGAAUGCAGGACUGACCUACAUCGACUGUCAUACUUCGCAGCUCUGCAUUCAGUCCUCGACUAUUUGGAGGUUUCAUCGCACUCUCACGACAAAGCAUUAAGCACGGUUGUGCACGUGAGCUGGAAUGGGGCAACAGAAGUCGCGACGUGGAAUCUCCUGCACACCGAUUUCUACGGCAAGUUCUCGGAACUCAUAGCUUCUUCACCACGGCAGGGCUUUGAGACACAGAUUCGAUUUCAAGGCUUUGCCAAGCAUGUCGUGCUCGUUGCUCUAGACAUCAACGGCAAGGAGCUCGGCAGAUCGAAUGUCACCGACGCUGAAGUCCCUCCAGACUUGCAAAGCUUGUCGAUUGCGUAUAAAGAAUCACAGUGGGUGGGAAAUGCGCGAAAUCAGCCCUUGUACUGGGAAGUACCUUACCAAGAAGCGAAGAGCAGCUUUUGGUCGAACUUUGAGUGGUUCACUCUGGGGAAUACUAUUUUGUGUUCUCAUAUUGUGCAUCAUUAUCUUUAUGGUCUUGAGGAGGAGCGGUAUAUUGAAGCCACGCAGAGAGUCGUGGUGGCGGACCGGACAGCAAAAGUAUUCUGCCAUCGCGCUUAG